GACUGGUCCAAUGAUUAAAAAUCGUCUUGCCAAUAUCUUACUGUUUAUUAUUGUUGUUGUUGUUGUUGUUGUUAUUGGGGAAUAUGACCUGGCGUCAAAUGUGUAGGCUUUUAGAACAAAGCUAAUGAUUAAUAAAUGAUUUUACGCAUUUUAACUAAUGCAGAAUUUUCCAAUGAACCAUAUGAAGUCCUUGCAAGGGGUGAGUUGGCAGUUGAAAUAUUCAAUCAGGCACUACGUGAGGGAAAAGCACGUAUAUCUCGCAUGCAGCUCACUGUCAUAGGGAAUGUAGGGGUCGGAAAGACCAGCCUUGUACGUUCUCUCAGUGGGGAGGAGUUUGAAGAAGAAAGAAAAGAAACUCAUGGAAUUGACACUUCCAUGGUCGAGAAGACAGAAUUAGACGUGUCGUGGCAUGCCGCAGACCCGAAUAAGUCCCAGGUGGAUGAAAUUUUAGUAGAUCAAGUUUGUCAAGGAAUUCAACGUUCCCCAAGGGUGGGCCAUCCUUGUCCUAUUCGAGGGAGACGGCUGACUCAUUCUCACCAAGGACCGUCCUUUUUGCCAGGAGGGCAACAUCCUUCUUACGUAAGGCGACUUCGUAGCAUAGAAGGUCCAUCCACUUCGGGGAGCACCAGUGCAAGCAACGGGGAGCAGACAAACUUAGCGACAGAGUCACCUGCCUCAUUGCUCAGUCUUACUCAUGAAAGGAGGUCUUCACGUGAGAUACCAAUCGAAGAGAUCAUGCGAAGGCUUAGUCUGAAUUCGGAAACGUCUUUGGGUGAGAACGAAAAGAAGUACGCUAAGAUCAGCAUUUGGGACUUUGCUGGCCAUUCUCUGUACGAAGCUAUGCAUCAUGUUUUCCUAAACAGGCGUUCCUUUUACCUUGCUGUGCUAAAUUUGGCUCGGCUGUGUAACCUUGACAGUGCCAACCAAGUUUUAGAAGAGAUUAGUUAUUGGCUCAAUUCCAUACGCGUGCAUGCUCCUCACACGACUCCUGUGUUCUUAGUGGGAACACACAGCGGCGAGGUGAGCGAGCAAGACAAGGCAACAGCAGAGAAGACGCUUUAUGAAAAAUUAACUGAGAAGUUUGGUCAACAGCUUGUAAAAAGCAAGGAAAACAGUUUUCUCUUUCCAGUAGAAAACACCCUUGGUGGCGAAGAUCCCGGUGCAGGGGCCUUAAAGAAGGCCAUCGAAAAUGAAGCAACACGCCUGAGUAAAAUGGAUGAGGAGUUUCCCCUAUCAUGGCUUGAUUUUGAGGAGGAAAUUCUGAAGUGCAGAGAGGACCAAGACUUCCCGCCAUGUGUCCGUAAGUCCGACCUAAAACAGAUGCUGGAGCAGAGUACAUCCCGUAAUAUCGAUGAUAGAGAGUUUGGAAGCAUGCUGCAGUUCUAUCACGACAGUGGUGUGAUCAUCCUGCCAGGUCAGUAAAAAGUCUUAAUUUUAAUUUUUCUUAUUAAUCUUGUCCCACAAAAUAUCAUGCAAACGAUUUAAUUGAUAUUUAUGUCAAGUUCUUGAGAGAAAUCCCCCCAAAAAAUAGAACCGCAUUUUCUGAAUUUCACAAGCAUAAACUUAGGCUGUUAUGUUAAGGCCAGCCAUUGACGCGGCUAAUUUAUUUCCAAAAAAGUAGGUUGUUAUUCAAACCCUAAGUCAUACUUUUAUAUUCCCCUCAGCUCGACUAGAAUAAUAAUUUAGAAUUUAUUUUCAGAAGAGCUAGUUGGAUCAAAGACACACCACUCCGACUUAAACGAUGUCGUGGUAGUCAAUCCACAGUAUCUCGUUGAUGUCAUGACCCGCCUACACGACAUUUCAGACCACCUGAAUAUUGAUCGUGAACAUCAGAGUCAGUGGGAGAUCCUGCAAGAGCACGGAGUGGCCAACCUCAAUCUUUUGGAGUAUCUUUGGAAAGACUUCAAAAGCCCUGCCACCCAGCUUGUUGGCAUCUUGGAAGCUUGUGGUAUGCUGUGCCCAAUCUCUUCUUCUGUAGAGGAUGAAGACCGUGAAGACGGUACUAAACCAGUUAAAGGUGAUGAGAAUGAAUCAGAGAUCAGCAAAUACAUCGUACCAUUUCAUCUAAAGGAUAAAUGCUUGAAAGGAAAGUGGAAUAAGCUUUGUCGGAAAAGAUGGACUGAAAUUUGUACCUCGGACAAAGUUUUAAUGUUUGAUUUCCGUAGUUUCCUGCCUCCUGCACUCUUUCACCACUUCAUUGUUCGCACUGGCUCUAGAAGCCAAUCCAGUAAUGGUAUGAGACCGAUCAUAGCCAAAAGGAUGGCCAUAUUCUCAUUUGGAGACAGUUUCUUCAUUCUUACCGAGAUGUGUCAGAAACACAACCAAAUUCGAAUUAGGGCCCGGUAAGUGCUCUUUUCAACUUGAUGAAGGUGGAUCCCUAAUACCCUAUUUAGGACUAAUAUCCCAUCCAGUAGGAAAAGCACUACUUUUAGUCUCCAACCUUACAGCAUCAUCUCCAGUAAUUGAGAGCGUUAGUGUCGUAUGAAGACUUUUGAUUUGACGAAUUGUUCUUAUUAACAUGGUGGUGGCAUAAUAAGUUCUUCUGUGUCAUGUUCAUUUGCAUCAUUUAAUCAUUCUCUUGAGGACGUUUUCUGUUUCUCGGGAAAUAUGAGUUUUUGGCUAAACUUUUCGAUGUUAGAAAAGGUCUCCUUCAAUCUAAGCCACCGGGAUAAAUGAUAGUUCCUGGUGUAUAAUUCUGUCUUCUUUCAUUUCUCUUACAGGCACAAAAAUACCAAAAAGCCUCAUGAGUUGUUUAACAUCUUGAUGUCGAUAAUGACAGACAUCUGCCAGCGCCAGUUCCGAUUUCUCAAGUUCAGUUUCGGACCUACCUGUCCCAACCCACGUUGCCCCGGGUCAUCGAGUGAAGGUAUAGUUCUUCCAGUGGACACCUCUUCUGACGAAAGUGAUGAUGGCGACGAUGAUGAGGCCGAGUGUGGUGAGCGGGAGUCCUCCGUCGACUCUUCAAGCGAAAGUGUUCGUCAUCACGUAAUUUACAUAGACCCGGCUGUCGCAUCCAGGCCUUUGUGGUGUAACUCCACACCAGUCCAUGAAUUCGAAGAAAUCAAACAGUGGCUUGUUAAGGCAAGGCAAUGUUUAAAAAGAAAUGCUCCGUUGAAUUCUUCUUCCUGAAGCUAUCCUUGUUGAUACCUACUGAUCGCUGUUGUAGCCCUAAAGUUUAUUCUUUUUCUUUCCUUAGCCACAAAAUACCGUUUCCAAGGUCCCAGAGGACUCUCCUUGUUAUUCAAGUAAGUCAAUACCUUACUGAGACCAAGUGCUUCUCUUACGUAUGCUUCACUCCUGCUUGCGUGCCAAGUUGAUUUCGUAAGUGCAAUCUCAAUUCAAAAUAUCAGGAGUCCCUAUUGUGCCUCUGCCGAUUUGUGUUUGAAUUUUUUUUAUUUCUGUUAUCCAGAACCUGUUAAGUCUUGCUGCCUUGCUUUAGUCGCUAAAGAACUGGCCUAUAAAUGGAAGUGGCUUGGAAGGUCUCUCUCGGUAGAAGACACAGUCAUUGAGACUAUUCAGACUGAAAAUCAUUCAGAGGAAGAGAGAGCUUAUCAAGUCCUCACCCGAUGGAGUCGAGCCACGGGAUCCAAAGGUACCGUGCAUGAGCUAAUGAAAGCGAUCCAAGAAAUUGGCGACGUUCCACCUUUGGAGGCAUUUGAUCGACACCUUGGAGAUCGUCAUGUCGAGGCAGCUAAGCCUAUUAACUAG